AUGGCGCAAACAGACUACAAGUUCGAAGGCUGGAUGGGUCUCGAUCCCAAUUCCGGCGAGGGCAAGAUGGUCUGGCAAGAAUUCCAGCCGAAAGAGUGGGAGGAGACCGACAUUGAUAUCAAAGUCUCUCACUGCGGCAUCUGUGGUUCUGAUUUACACACUCUCCGGAGUGGCUGGAGACCCACCGCCUACCCCUGCUGCGUUGGCCACGAGAUUGUCGGCACGGUCGUGCGCGUUGGUAGUGAAGUAUCUGACAUCAAGGUCGGUGACCGCGUCGGAGUCGGCGCACAGAGCGAGUCCUGUCUCGGCCGUCAAGGUGACUGUGAGGAGUGCGCCUCAGGCAAGGAGAACUACUGCAGUAAGAAGGUCGUCGGCACGUACAACAGCAUCCACUACAAUGGCAGUAAGUCCUACGGCGGAUAUGCGCGGUACAACCGGGUUCCCGGCCAUUUUGCCAUCAAGAUCCCCGAUGCUAUCACGUCGGCGGAUGCUGCGCCUAUGCUGUGCGGCGGCGCUACCCUCUACAGCCCGCUGAAGCAUAACGGCUGUGGUCCUGGCAAGCGUGUGGGCAUUAUUGGUGUUGGAGGACUAGGUCACUUUGGCGUGCUGUUUGCCAAGGCCAUGGGGGCUGAUAAGGUUGUUGCUAUCUCGCGGAAGUUGGGGAAGAAGGAGGAUUCGCUGAAGAUGGGGGCAGACCUUUACAUUGCGACCGAUGACGAGCCGGAGUGGGCUACAGCUCACGCGAGGUCUUUGGAUUUGAUCGUUUCCACGGUCUCGUCUACUAAGAUGCCUUUUAAUGAUUAUCUGGGUCUGCUGAAGACCGGCGGGUCUUUUGUGCAGGUUGGCCUUCCCGAGGAUGGUGGACUCUUUGCUCCUGUACGAAGCUUGAUGCGCCAGAUCAAGCUGCAGAGCUCCCUCGUCGGUAGCCCUGAUGAGAUACGGGAGAUGUUCCAGCUUGUUGCUGAAAAGGGAAUCCGCCCGUGGGUGGAGGAGAUCCCGAUGAAGGAUGCGAAUAAGGCGAUUGUGGACAUGGAGGAUGGAAAGGCCCGGUACAGAUACGUGCUGGUGAACGAGUAA